CACAUUGCUGUGAAUCAGAAAUUCAUAAUACGAGUAUAGACUUAAAUAGACAGCAUAAAAAAGACGAAAAGUUAUUCAAAAUUUCCGUUGUGAUCGAACCGCGAGAAAUGCUGGUAAUCAAUGAAUUUCAAACGCUUUGCAAGGAUUUUUUCUCGGAUUCGAUGACCCACGUCUGCUCCGACGUCGUGCCAGAGUCCCUGACCAAGAAGUAUCGCAAUCGUCUGAUCAGUCCCAAGGAUCCCUACAGCAUUUACCAACUCAAUAACCAAAACUCCAGCUAUCUGCUGUUCUUUCGCUUCACGGACAUGCCCAAUUGCCGUACCCUUCGAAUGACCGAUGUGCACAAUCUCAAUUGCAAGACUGACGAUGGCGAAUCGAAGAACUUGUUCUUCGGACAUAGCCACCGCAAGUGCUACAACUUUGCCAUGAAUCUGACCUCGGAGCUCAAGGAGCACUGUGGCGCCAGGAACUACGAGGAGAAUAUGCAAUCGGGCUACUACUACACAAACCGGGAAGUGAACUCCGUCAUCACGACCAACGCAACUGCUGGUGUUCUACUGGGAACUUCAGUUCUCAUACUGUGCCUGAUCAUAUCACUAGUAAUGUUCACAAUUCUGCAGUGGAAGGCAUCUCGGUUGUGAGGCAGUGAGUCAAUCCUAGUCGAUUCCGUUUGAAAUAUGUUUCUUCUGACAUGAGGAGCCAGUAUUCCUGGGAUAUGGAUAUCCUCUGGAGGAGAUUCACCGUCGGCAUCAAGGUAGUGAAGGUAUCGGUGAUAGGAGCUGUUUCAAUCAGUUUCAUUAAUCUCAAACUUAACAUUUUGAAAAAGGCACUGUCUUUCAAAUUAAAGAGGUCGCUCUGAUCGGUUUCGCCUGAGUUGUAAUUAGAAAUUUUGCGAGAUCUAAAAACAAUUUCUAUAGCUUCUAGAGAAAUCGUUUCUAAAUCAUCGGAAAAUUUCCAGUGACAGCCGAAAUAAAAAUUGUGUAUCCGUAA